AUGAAAAUUUUGAGCACUUCAUUGCUGGGGAACUUCGUUGCUGAAAGUUUAAAGAUUCAUGUUGAAUAUCAAAUUGCAUUUCGUAAUAAAGAAAAACCUUCUUAUAUUGAAGACGUCUUAGCAAAAAUUAAGAAACUUGAUCAACUCACUAUUCACAUUACGAUUCCAUCAGCAAGUCGACGCAAUUAUAUAAAUGAAUUGGAUCUUAAUCAAAUUAGUGGAGAGUUAUCCUCAGAUAAUGAAUAA